AACCUAUGAAAAACUCUUUAAAAAUUCUUGUGAAAAUACUGCAAACCUAGUGUGGAAAACUGUGAUAUCUUAAUUAAGAAAACCUUUAAAAACUUUCUGGAUAGCCGUUGAUUAAAAACCCACGGAAAAGUGCUAAGAAUGCCCGUGGAAAACCCAUGAUAAACUUCUAAAACAUUAGUCGAAAUCUUAUUUUAAAAAGCAUGUCCAAAAACCCAAUACAAACUGAUGCUGUACAAUCUUUGGAAAACCGAUGGAGAACUGCUGUAAUAUCUAUGAAAAAUUUUGAGGAAAAACUCGUGAAAAUCUGAAGAAAAAUAGAUAAAAAAGGCGAAAGUCGAAGGAAAACCUUUAAAAGUCUGUCGGGAAGCUUGUAUAAAAAAUGCUAGAAAAAUGAUUCCGAAAAGCCAGUGGAAAAUAGUUAAUAUUUUUCAUUUUAUUGCACAAAUACUGUUUUGGAUGCAUUUCGACUCGCAGAACUUGCAAAAAAAGAAAAUUUUAAUGAAAACCCAACCCCCUAGUAUAAACGUCUUACCAGCAUGACAGCUGCACUGUACGGCCCGGAGUGUUUGUAAACAUAACAUGCAGUAAUAAAACAACCGGUGUUAUAACAAUACUUUUUGCUCAACAAAACCACCUUUAAACGGUGCAGAAAUGUUACGGCCAAACCGGAUUUGGCGAAUAUUUUCCUCGCACAACUCUCGUAUUGAUCUGGUGGCAAAUGGCCUUCGUUGCACAUUUUCGUCAUUAGCCAGUGGUUCUUUCGAUGUUAUAGUGGUUGGAGGAGGACAUGCUGGCACUGAAGCAUGCAGUGCUGCGGCUCGGAUGGGAGCACGAACACUGCUCGUUACGCAGAAACAAUCCACCAUCGGUGAAAUGUCUUGCAAUCCAUCGUUCGGCGGUAUUGGCAAGGGCCAUCUCAUCCGUGAGGUGGAUGCGCUCAAUGGUGUUUGUGCACAAUGUUGCGACCGAAGCGGUGUCCAGUAUAAAGUGCUAAAUCGCCGUAAAGGACCCGCCGUGUGGGGACCACGGGCUCAAAUUGACCGGAAGUUAUACAAACGCGAAGUGCAGCAAACGCUUGAAAACACACCUAACCUAACCAUAAUCGAAGCAUCGGUAGAGGACAUUGUGCUGAGUAGGCAGAGUGAACAGCCCCAGCUGGCUGGAGUUAAACUGGCCGAUGGUCGUACGAUCGUAGCGAACAGUCUAGUCAUCACUACAGGUACGUUUCUGCGGGGACAGAUAAACAUUGGACUGGAAACACGUCCAGCUGGUCGCAUGGGAGACGAACCGGCAAUAGGACUAGCAAAAAGCAUCGAACAGUUGGGAUUCCAGUUGGGUCGUUUGAAAACCGGUACACCACCUCGCAUUCAUCGGGAUUCGAUCCAUUUCGAGCAACUUCCACGCCAUCCGGGCGAUAAUCCUCCCAUUCCUUUUUCAUUUCUGAACGAUCGCGUUUGGCUAGAACCGGAUCAGCAACUCGAUUGUUUUCUCACGCAAACCACUCCAGAGGUGAACGAUAUCGUACUACGCAAUCUGCACUGCAACCGACACGUGACUGAGGAGCUGACCGGACCCCGUUACUGUCCCUCGAUCGAGUCAAAGAUAUUGCGCUUUGGUCACAAGCUGCACCAGAUAUGGCUAGAACCGGAAGGCUUCGACAGUGAGUUGAUCUAUCCAAAUGGACUUUCCUGCACGCUUCCGGCGGAUGAGCAAAUACAGCUCGUGCGCUGUCUGCAGGGGCUCGAAAAGGCCGAGGUCGUUCGUCCAGGGUACGGUGUGGAGUACGAUUUCGUGGACCCUCGCGAACUAUUUCCAACGCUCGAAACCAAACGCGUCAGGGGCCUAUUCUUGGCAGGACAAAUUAAUGGUACGACGGGCUACGAAGAGGCAGCCGCACAAGGCCUGCUUGCCGGUGCGAAUGCAGCGGCCAAUGCACUUUCUCGAACACCGCUUACCGUGAGUCGAACCGAAGCCUAUCUGGGUGUGCUUGUGGACGAUCUGACAACGCUUGGUACGAACGAACCGUACCGAAUGUUUACGAGUCGUGCUGAGUUUCGACUAAGUUUGCGGCCAGACAACGCGGAUUUGCGACUGACGGAAAAAGGCUUCGCAAUGGGUUUGGUGUCUCAAGAGCGCUUUAAAAGGACAGUAUCAAUAAGAGAGCGAUUAGCGAAAGCCACCGAACUGUUGCGCGAUGUUCGGAAGGGUAGCAAUCAGUGGCGUGCAGCGAUGCAAUUGCCACCGGCCAAGGCAAGCGUUUAUAAGAGUGCCUUUGAGAUGUUGGCCAUCUCGAACGAUGCAAUCACGACCGAGCGAGUGUGCGCUGUUGAACCAAGCGUGCUCGGGUGGAUUCAGGACGAUCCAGAGCUUUGUCAGCGGCUUAAAAUCGAAGCACUGUACAGCCUUUCGAUCGAGGAUCAGUCGCGUGAAGUAGAGGAAGUGUUACGGAACGAGAGCCUAAGGAUACCGGACGCAAUUGAUUACCUUUCGAAAUCUCUUAAUCUUUCGUUCGAAGAGCAAGAGAAGCUGGUCAAAAUUCAACCCCAAACAAUUGCUGCCGCAAGCCGAAUCCAAGGCAUAACGCCAUCGUCCAUCGUAAGGUUGGUAAAAUACGUAAAGCAACACGAAGUAAGUAUUCUCGCCUAAUGCCUAUUUCUACUACAACCGAGAACCUAUUCUCUUACACAAUAAACAACUGCUAGGGACAAACUGACCGGGGUCGGUUUUAAACGUGUUAUAUUUUGAUGGUAAAUAAAUAGAUAUAUAAAUAACUAUCCGUUACAAACGGUUAGCACUAUA